AUGAAGCUAGCUGCUACUUUCUUUUUCGCUCUCGCCAGAGGGCAAGCGCCCAACAUGGACGAAGUCAUCAAGUGCUACGAGUGCCAGCACAGCAUUUCAGAGCUUGGAGUUGAAACUGGCGAUUACAACUGCGUCGAGCCGGAUUCUUACACAAAAGUGAUUGAAAAGAUGAAGUACAGAGAGCACCACAAUACUGUUACCGGGAAGGUUGGUCUAAUUCGGACGGAUUGCCAGUAUUUAUUCGGACAUGGAUAUGAAGAAGAAAUUCAACCAGAUGGCUCUUCUAAGUAUAUCACCUACAACUACACCGAGCGCGGGUACUACGACAACUUCGAAGGGUCGAAAACAUACGAUUACAAGGAUCACGCGGAAGGAAUGGUCCACAAGCAACAGUACCAUCUUUGCGGGUCCGACAACAAUGAAUGCAUUCAAUCAGCAGUUUUUCCUUUGCAAAACUUGACAAUGCCUCAUUCUGCUGCAAAAAGCUCCGAUCUUCUUCAGGGAGAACCUCACGCUUCCGACUGCUAUGUUUGCAAUUCUCACGUCCACUUUGACUCGCAGGAGAAUCAAUGGGUAAUGAAGCAAGAGGACAAAAAUUGCAUCGAACACCCGAAACGACUUCCGCCAAAAUUCCACGUCAAAGAUUGCUUUGGUGAAUGCAUCGUGGACCAAGAAGAGUACUGGGACUACAAUACUGGCACGCCUUUGAGUCGAAUUACCAAACGUCACUGUAGUAAUGGAACUGGAAUUGAAGAUGACAAGCAAACAGAAACGCAGCGAAACCACUUUCACCGGCAGCAGACCAUCUCGAGCUACAUCUGCCAGUCGAACCAUUGUAACGGACCAGAAUACGUUCCGAAACCCAACAACCCCGGCUCCGCAAUUCAAACCGGUCAACUCACAAUUUUUUCGCUGCUCUUUUCAAUCUUCAUUUUUGUUUGA